AUGCCUCAUUAUUUCGCCACUAUUAUUCUCGUAGUUGCAUCAGGCCUGUGGAUUGCGCGGUACUUACGAAACACUGUCUCUCCAUCCUUUUCUGCAAUUCCAAAUGCCCACUUCACGGCACCCUACUCGCGCUUCUGGCUUCGGUGGAUUAAGCUAACGGGGCGUGAACAUCACGCUCGAAAUGCUGCACACAAGCGUCUUGGGUCUGUCAUUCGGAUAGCACCCCAAGAGUUAAGUGUCAACUGUAUUAAAGAUGGCGUUCAAACAAUCUACAGUAGCGCAUUCGAAAAAACUAUCUGGUAUUCGGGCUUCAAGAACUAUGGACAAAGCUUCAUGUUCUCUAUGGCUGCAAACAAGCCACACUCAGAACGCAAGCGAAUGUUGGCUCAUGUUUAUUCGAAAACCCACAUUCAGAAUUCGAUGACGCUGAAUAGUAUCCUGGACACCAUGCUGUUGAAGAGAUUUAUUCCCCAAAUGCGGGAAUGGGCAAAAGAGGGGUGUGUUGUAAAUGUCAACCUAGAGAACAAGGCUCUCUUCAUGGAUGUCAUAACAGCGUACCUGUUUGGCCUUGAAAAUGGCACAAACUUUAUCCAAAACCCGGAAGAAAAAGUCCUUCUGAGGAAGUUUGAGUCCUUUACAUAUGGACUCUUUUGGGCUUCAGAGUUCCCCGGGUUGUUGGUGUCGAUUAAUCGACUCCGAGAAUCCAUCUUAGGCGACCUCGUCCGUUAUUAUCGGGUAACGGAACGUCUUGGACUGACCAACUUGAUCCACCAGCUUAGAAUACCUGUGUUGGCCGACACCGCUCGCUGUUACAAGUCGGUUGAGACAUUUGUUCUCGAUCUGUGCCAGCGUGCUAAAGAUCGCAUGUCUCCGAGUGCGAUGGGGCAUUCAUCUCAUCUGACAGUGUACUCAAGCUUCCGAGAGAGGCUUGAAGAAUCUCAGACUGUACCAUCGGACUUACUCGACGUUACAAUCGCAGGAGAAUUGUUGGACGAGAUCCAAGCUGCCCAUGAACCCACUGGCAUCACACUUGCAUUCCUGAUGUGGGAGCUCUCUAGGCAUCCCGAAGCGUGUGCUCGACUGCAAAGGGAGCUGGACACGCUCGGAACCGUUCGUUCUGCACAGGCUAUUGAUAACCUCCCUUUCACGGACGCACUUCUCAAGGAGACCAUGCGCCUCUACCCAGCUGGGCUCGGCCCGUUUCCCAGGUGCGUUCCAGAAAAGGGGGCGGUAGUUGACGGCUUCGACCUCGCUCCAGGCACAAUAGUCAGCUCAUCCGCCUAUGCGCUACAUCGGCACCCGGGUGUUUUCCCAGAGCCAGAAAAUUGGACCCCUAGUAGAUGGAUUGAUGCAACAGCGGAACGCAAGAACGAGAUGGCUAAGUGGUUUUGGGCUUUUGGGAGUGGCUCCAGAAUGUGCAUUGGUAGCCAUCUAGCCAGUCGUAUAAUAAAAGCAGCUCUUGUUGCAAUUUACAGUGAAUAUGACACGUUCACUGCGAAUUCGAAUAAGGUCCAACAGAUUGAUAGCUUGAUUGGCACUCCAGUUGAUAAUGAGAUAAUGCUGCGCGUUGCAAAGAGGGCCCAGACAUAG